AUGCCAAAUUUUCUGCCCGCCGCCCAGCCUCAAGCCCUGACGCUGCCCGAACUCCUGGCGAUGCAGCUACAGUACCGCCAACUUUUUGGUGGUGGCCUUUCCAUGAAUCUGCAACAUCUACAAAUGUUACUCCUCAAUGCCAGCCUACAAACCUCAUGCUCCGCACCGCAACCAAUUACACCGGAUUUUGUGAAGAAGGAUGCGGAGGUUGAGAAACCAUCGCAAUUCUCCAUUCACACACUGCUGGAUUUGAAGGAGGACUCGAAAACAGCUGACGGGAGAACCAAGAAACGAGAUCGCUCUACGCACGAGAAAGAAGAGAAACCGGGGCGCUGCGUUUGUGAGCAUUGCGGGAAGAGCUACGCUACGUCAAGCAACCUCUCUCGGCACAAGCAGACCCAUCGAGCCCUCGACAGCCCGUACGCUAAACAGUGCCCACAUUGCGAUCGUGUCUACGUCAGUAUGCCGGCGUUAAGUAUGCACAUCCUCACCCACAAGGCCUCCCACGCCUGCGACGUCUGUGGAAAAGUCUUUUCGAGACUCUGGCUAUUACAAGGUCAUAUGCGAUCUCACACCGGGCUGAAGCCGUUCGGCUGCGCGCACUGCGGAAAAGCGUUUGCAGAUCGAAGCAAUUUGAGGGCGCACAUUUUAACGCAUACAGGCGAUAAACGCUACAACUGCUCCACGUGUGGAAAGCGCUUUGCCCUGCGCAGCUACUUGAAUCGUCACAUGGAGCAGUCGUGCGGGAAGCUGAAGUCGGCCACCGAAUCCCCGGAGCGGGGAGAGGCCGGCGGGACGUCGUCAAGGAGUUCGCAUUGCUCUCCAACACCGCCAAUGUUUUUGGGGAGCUUUUUGGGGCAC